AUGGCCCUGGCUCUCUGGACCACACUUCCAAGUAGGAUGUCACUGAGAUCCCUCAAAUGGAGCCUUCUGCUGCUGUCACUCCUGAGUUUCCUCGUGAUAUGGUACUUCAGCCUUCCCCACUACAAUGUGAUAGAACGUGUAAACCUCAUGUACUUCUAUGAGUAUGAGCCAAUUUACAGACAAGACUUUCACUUCACACUUCGAGAACAUUCAAACUGCUCACAUCAAAACCCAUUUCUUGUCAUCCUGGUCACCUCAAACCCCUCAGAUGUGAAAGCCAGACAGGCCAUUAGAGUCACUUGGGGUGAGAAAAAGUCUUGGUGGGGAUAUGAAGUUCUUACAUUUUUUUUAUUAGGCCAACAGGCUGAAAGGGAAGACAAAAUGUUAGCAUUGACCUUAGAGGAUGAGAACCUUCUUUAUGGUGAUAUAAUUCGCCAAGAUUUUUUAGACACGUAUAAUAACCUGACCUUGAAAACAAUUAUGGCAUUCAGGUGGGUGACUGAGUUUUGCCCCAAUGCUAAGUAUGUCAUGAAGACCGACACUGAUGUUUUCAUCAAUACUGGCAAUUUAGUGAAGUAUCUUUUAAACUUAAAUCAGUCUGAGAAGUUUUUCACAGGUUAUCCUCUAAUUGAUAAUUAUUCCUAUAGAGGAUUUUACCAAAAAUCCCAUAUUUCAUAUCAGGAGUAUCCUUUCAAGGUGUUUCCUCCCUACUGCAGCGGGCUGGGAUACAUAAUGUCCAGAGAUUUGGUACCAAGGAUUUAUGAAAUGAUGGGUCAUGUAAAGCCCAUCAAGUUUGAAGAUGUUUAUGUUGGGAUCUGUUUGAAUUUAUUAAAAGUGGACAUUCAUAUUCCAGAAGACACCAACCUUUUCUUUUUAUAUAGGAUCCAUUUGGAUGUCUGUCAGCUCAGGCGUGUGAUUGCAGCCCAUGGUUUUUCUUCUAAGGAAAUUAUCACAUUUUGGCAAGUUAUGCUAAGGAACACCACAUGCCAUUAUUAA